AUGUCUACACCCGACCUAGGCCCGUUGGCAAUGAGUCAGACGAAAGAUGAUCUCGUCAAGCAUCUAAACAUUGAUGCGGAGACUUACACCUUGAUGGCGAAAGAGACAGAUACUGUCUAUAGGUGGCUUAUUUCGGAGAAAUCCCAUCUUAAGAAGAACUGCAAAGGAAAACCUCCGUACGAUUGGAGCGACAUUGUAGAGAGAUCGAAAGAUGAAGCCAUGAGAUUGAUAGUACAAAAUGGUACUAAUCAGACAGCAUACUACUGGAGCUUAGCCAAGCCAACUCCCGACUGCCCAAACUGGAUCGCAAGGUGGUUCUUAUACCACAAAUUCCGCUAUAGGGAUGGGAGGAACCGUAAUAUCAAAGCUGAUAGUAGGGAUGCCGCUCCUUAUAAUUCCACCGCUUCCUCGCACCAUCAUCAUAAUCACCGAACUUCGCACCAGUCAUACCAUACACAGUGUAGACAAGCGCACGAAGUCGAGGGACACUACAGUCACUCUUCGCACUAUCCAGGUGUAUCCAUAAAUGCAGCCAAGGAUAUGGCUAUUCUCCCACCGUCCGUGUACUAG